AGCUCAUCCUUCUCUCAUUAAAUAAUUAUUGGUGCGUUGCGAUUUGUAAUGCGUUUUCUGGGUUUAAAAAAAUAAAAAUAACUUGGGCUCUAGCCCGUGACGAGUGGCGAAUGGAAUGCGCUACGAGUGAGCUCGGGCGUACAGGUACACCUCAGAAAUUGCGCAGCUCCUCAGACGUGCUUGUUUUGCACGAUGCCCCACAUAGGGCUGACUAAAGGUGAAUGGAGAGCCGCGUUCAAUGCUUAUUAUUUUAAGAUCUUCAGCCGACCAACACAGGGAUACCUGCUUGAUGCAAAUCUGCCCCGGACACUGCUGUGUCUGCUGAAAUGCUCGAAUUAGCCGGAGGUGAUGGGAUCUGCCUAGCAUAUUGAUACGGUUCAGCUACUGCAUGCAGCCCGGCGACCCCUUCUUGUGCCAGCAUCGACAGCUCAGGUGAAACGCGAAUACCGUUUUUCUAUCGAAGUCGCCGAUUUUUUAACGAAAUAGCGUGUUUUUGUGCAAAUACAAUUUGAAUGUUGGUAAAACGACGCGCAUGCGUUGUCUUGGAAUAAUUGGGCAGCCUGUGACAAAGUUGCAUUUCUGAAAUCUUCGCUCAAAGUCAUCUAUCUCUCUGAUCAAAGUUAGUGAUGUGGACGGCUUUGGACCGCGGACGCUGGGAGAUUUUUUGUCUUUUCCUAAUGGUCGCCAUGGUCUGCGGCGCUCAAAGCGCCAACGAGCCUAGCAACAUGUCAUUUGUGAAAGCGACCGUGGACAAACUGCUUAAGGGGUAUGACAUUCGUCUGAGGCCUGAUUUUGGAGGUGCCCCUGUGGACGUUGGAAUGAGCAUAGAUAUCGCAAGUAUCGACAUGGUUUCUGAAGUCAACAUGGAUUACACCAUCACCAUGUACUUCCAGCAGUCCUGGAGGGACAAGCGCCUGUCCUACACAGGGAUUCCCCUCAACCUGACGCUGGACAACAGGGUGGCUGACUCGCUCUGGGUCCCUGACACCUACUUCAUCAACGAUAAGAAAUCCUUUGUGCACGGGGUCACAGUGAAGAACAGAAUGAUCCGACUGCAUCCAGACGGAACUGUGCUCUACGGCCUCAGGAUCACCACUACGGCAGCUUGCAUGAUGGAUUUGCGUAGAUACCCUCUGGACGAGCAGAACUGCACCCUGGAGAUCGAGAGCUAUGGGUACACCACUGAUGACAUCGAGUUCUACUGGAAAGGUGAUAAUUCAGUGACUGGGGUGGAGAACAUCGAACUUCCCCAAUUCUCUAUUAUAGACUACCACAUCCAAUCCACAAAAGCAGUGUUUGCUACAGGCUCCUACCCGAGGCUCUCUCUGAGUUUUAAGCUGAAGAGGAACAUUGGCUACUUCAUCCUACAGACCUACAUGCCCUCCACCCUGAUCACCAUCCUAUCCUGGGUCUCCUUCUGGAUCAACUAUGACGCGUCUGCGGCCAGAGUCGCUUUAGGUAUAACCACUGUGCUGACCAUGACCACGAUCAACACCCACUUGAGAGAGACUUUACCCAAAAUCCCCUAUGUCAAGGCUAUAGACAUCUACCUGAUGGGCUGCUUCGUGUUUGUCUUCCUGGCCCUGCUGGAGUACGCGUUUGUUAACUACAUCUUCUUCGGUCGGGGGCCUCACUUACAGAAAAAGGUGGCGGAGAAAGCAGCUAAAACCAAUAAUGAAAACAAGAGCCGUCUGGAGAGUAACAAAGUGCAGGUGGACGCCCAUGGCAACAUCCUCCUGACCAAUCUGGAGAUCCGUAACGAGAUGGGUGGGAUGGGUGGCAUGGCCGGGAUGACCGGGGCCGAGAUGAUAGGGGCUCUCAACGACCCGCGGGCCACCAUGUUCUCCUACGACAGCGCCAGCAUACAGUACCGCAAGCCCAUGGCCAGCCGAGACCUGUAUGGUCGACCGGCCCUCGACCGGCCUGUCGGCCACAAGAAGAGUCGUUUGAGGAGGAGGGCGUCGCAGCUCAAAGUCAAGAUCCCAGACCUGACGGAUGUCAACGCCAUAGACAAGUGGUCUCGCGUCAUCUUCCCCAUCGCCUUUACCUUCUUCAACCUGGUCUACUGGAUGUACUACGUCCACUAAGGGACAUGGCUAUUCUCACUAGAGGUUUGUUUAGCUAGCUAGGUUCUUGUACAGCGAGGGUAAAAGAGAGGGGCGUUAAAUUCAGCCCCAUUUAUAUGACUUCUGUUUGAGGAAUGCGAUGCGAAGCGGAUGUCUUUUCAAUGUAAAUACAUUUUAAUAUAUUAUAUAAAUAUAUAUAUAUAUAUAAAAAAUAUAAAUUUUAUUUAAUAAAUUCUCUCACCUUUUUGCUGUAUUCAUCCGUAAAAAAAUAGAAAUAGUGAAAAUUAGUACAGAAUUAAAGACUCGGUGAAGCCUGCAUUUGUAAGUCUGAACUUUGUGCCAAAAAUAGACUUUGGUGACUUUAUUGUUACUCUUUGGCUGCAACUGAAUUUUAUUUAUUGGAAAUCCUGUUCUCAACUUAUUUCCUCUCAUUCUCUGCAUGCGGACUGUAACACAACUUUUAUUUGCUUCUAAAGAGAAAAAAAGCCCAGUGCAAAAACUGUGGGUAAUAACAAAGACAAUUUUCUCUUGGUUAAACCCUAUCUUGUGAUUGAAGUAAAUCCUUGCUUAUUUAAACUUCAUCCUGUGGUUUAGGAAGUCCUUGUUUGGUUGAACUCCAUCUCUGUGAAUAAGGUAGUCCUCAUUUGGUUUAACAACAUGCUAUGACUAAGUUCAUCCUCAAUGAAGUAUUAACUCUCCAUACCAUGAUUAAGGCAGUUCUCAUUGUGUUGAGUCCCCACCUUGUGACUAAGGCGGUAUUCAGCGAGUUGAAGAACAUGCUACCUUGCAUGUUCUUAAUGUGUGACAUGAUUUUGUUGGUUUAUGCUAGGUGCAUGUGCACUUACCAGCUUUUUGCACUGUAAAACAAAGCCUGUUUUCUUUCAUUUGUAUAAAAAGCUUAGCAAAGCCUCCAUAGUUGAGCCUACCUGUAUUAUAAUCAUUCUACUGUGUGCUUUUGAACAACAAGCAUUGCAUUUAGCGUAAGUACAGGACAGAAGUGAAUUGGAAAUAGACUAAUCUCAAAAAACUAAAUUUGUAUCUAUUCUCACAGCGUCUGUGAGCAUGUAAAAUGUAAUUUUCUUUAAAAGAAAUCAGGUAAAGAAUGACUUAUGAUGUCACCACGCUUUCGAAACCACAUCAAAACAUGCAAGCCCUGAUAAUACAUGCUGUAGAUGGUUGAGCCAAGUGCAGCCAAGACAACAUCUUUUCAAAUACACAGUAGUGUAUAGCAUAUUUGCACAAAGUAUAGUAUUCUAAAGUGCAGCUCAGCUAUUCAAAAAGUUAUUUGUUAAAUGGCAAACACUUGAAGUAGAUUUACUAACGUUAACAUUAGCAUUAUACUAAAUUCCACUCAUAAACACCUUGACCCCUGUGAAAACUGUUCCAGCAUUU